UUAUUUUACUCUUUUCUUCCAUCUUUCUCCAUUUUCUCCCCAAACUAGUUACUAGAUAAAGGAGCAGAGUGAAGGUUUGCUGUUGUUUAUUUUAGAGCCUUUCUGCUGUGAAGUGUGGCGGACUUCUCUCAACAAGUGGCUGACGGAUUUAAUGCACUCGGAUAGCAUCUCCACAGUGGGCUCAUUACCACAGUGGCUCACAGGGCUUUGAGUCAUCUGCUCUUAGGAUUUAUGGCUCUGACAAAAAAAGGACUCUCUUAAUCAGAUCCAACUCUCCCAGCUGUCGUUCUGCAUUGGCGGCACGCUGUGAGAAAAGACUCCACUCCGCUGUGCCUCAGCGCCCCUCAGACACUUGUCCUUGACAUCCAAAUGCUGUGUUGAUCGCCGUGCCAGCCGCCUUCUGUGAGUUAUGACGACGGCUGCUUCAUUGACUCAGGAACGAGGCUCCUCCUCCUCCUCCGCCGCCGAUCACCAGUGAGCAAAUCACAUGAUGUAAUGAAGAAGGGUCCUGAAAGUCUGCUCUUCGAGGAGUCUGCCAGCAGGAUAUGAGUAUUUUGAGUCCUGUGACGGAUAACAAAUCAAACCUCGUGGGAACUGUGGGAGGCCCAGAAGAAUACUCCAGAGCGAUGCAGUCAGAGGAGCUAUUCAACAGGAAACUCAAAGCUCUGAAUGGUAGCAUGGGACCACCAGCCCCCAGCAUGCAGGGGAAACCUGACGGCAAAACAAAUGGUAAUCCAGCCAUGCCUAAAAUGGGCGUCAGGGCCAGGGUGACAGACUGGCCACCAAGGAAAGAUGGAUGGGACGGACGGCCUUCACCGAACUAUCAGAGUGUGAUACCAGUAUUUCAGAACGGCCAGCAGGAGCACACUGUGGAAAUACUGGAGCAAGGCGAAGCAGUCUGCCUGGAGGUUGACUACACUGACAAAUACACACUGAGUGACCUCCUCAGCCACUCCCCACUGAAGGGCCUCCACCCUAUCCGCCAACGCAGUAACAGCGAUGUCACCAUUAGUGACAUUGACUCUGAGGACAUAAUGGACCAGAACGCUGUCAAUCCAAACACCGGGGCGUCGCUGCACCGCGAAUACGGCAGCACAUCCUCUAUUGACCGCCAGGGCCUGAGCGCAGACGGCUUCUUUACCAUGCUUAGGGGCUACCGAGUGGACACCCUGGACCACCGUAGCAUACCGCCUAUGGGUUUCCCAGAGUUGUUGCGCUGUGACGCCGCCCUCUCCCCCAGCCUGCAGACAGCAGCCCAGAUCGCCAGGGGUGAGAUAGUCCACAUCCCGGGCUAUGACUAUGUAGACAACUCUUUCAUCUACAGCCGGGAGCCGGAGAAGUCCUUCAUGAGGCGCCUUAAAUCUGAAUCGUCUGAAACAUCUCUCUUCAGGAAACUGCGGACCAUAAAGAGUGAGAGUGAUGCUUUGCGGCUCUCACUAGAAGACGACCGGCGACCACUCAGCUUCCAGAAAUGCUUUGCGCACUAUGAUGUCCAGAGCGUUCUUUUCAACAUCAGUGAGGCGGUGGCGAGCAGAGCUACCCUGAGCCAGAGGAAGAACACCACUACCGGGGCUUCAGCUGCCUCAGCUGGACUCGUGCCUGGAGCUGUGCUGCCCGGAGGUGGAGCUGUGGCCGGACCCGGACCCGGACCAGGGAUGGAUGGCGGAGCAGCAGGAUGUAGCAGUGGAAAUACACCCAUGUUUGAGUCUCCACUGGGCAGCAGGGAGGACUUGAACCCAAAGGAGAACCUGGAUGUCGAUGAGGGGGACGGGAAGAGCAACAGCUUAGUGCUGACCUGUCCUCACUUUCGCAAUGAGAUCGGCGGCGAGGGCGAGAGGAGGAUCUCCCUCUCCAGAGCCAACAGUGCCAACUACAGCGGUAUGUCCGAGAGCUGCUCUUUCGAAUCAUCUUUAAGUUCCCACUGCACCAACGCAGGAGUCUCUGUGCUGGAGGUGCCUCGAGAAAACCAGCCUAUCCACCGGGAGAAGGUCAAGCGCUACAUCAUUGAGCACAUCGACCUUGGAGCAUACUACUACCACAAGUACUUCUAUGGGAGAGAGCAUCAAAACUACUUCGGGGUCGAUGACAAUCUGGGGCCUGUGGCGGUCAGCGUCCGCAGGGAGAGGCUGGACGAUGGGAAGGAGAAAGAUGGAAUGCAGUCCAACUACCGAGUCACCUUCAGGACCAGUCAGCUGACCACACUGCGUGGAGCCAUCCUGGAGGACGCCAUUCCAUCCACUGCGAGACACGGGACUGCCCGCGGCCUGCCUCUGAAAGAAGUGCUGGAAUACGUCAUCCCUGAGAUUAAUAUCCAGUGUCUGAGGCUGGCCCUCAACUCCCCCAAGGUCCCGGAGCAGCUACUCAAGCUGGACGAGCAAGGGCUGAGCUUCCAGCAUAAGGUGGGAGUGUUGUACUGUAAAGCGGGCCAGAGCACAGAGGAAGAGAUGUACAACAACGAGAGUGCCGGACCGGCGCUGGAGGAGUUCUUGGAUCUGCUCGGUCAGAGGGUGCGCCUCAAAGGCUUCACCAAGUACAGAGCUCAGCUGGAUAACAAGACGGACUCCACCGGCACGCACUCCCUCUACACCACCUAUAAGGACUACGAGCUGAUGUUUCACGUGUCCACCAUGCUCCCCUACACGCCCAACAACAGACAGCAGUUAUUAAGGAAGAGGCACAUCGGCAAUGAUAUCGUCACCAUAGUAUUCCAGGAGCCCGGAGCCCUUCCUUUCACUCCGAAACACAUCCGCUCUCAUUUCCAACAUGUGUUUGUCAUCGUCAAAGUCCACAACCCCUGCACUGAUAACGUCUGCUACAGCGUGGCCGUGUCCAGAUCUAAAGACGUGCCUCCGUUCGGCCCUCCUAUUCCCAAGUCUGUAACUUUCCCGAAGUCGGCGGUUUUCAGGGACUUCCUGCUCGCCAAGGUCAUCAACGGAGAGAACGCCGCGCACAAGUCGGAGAAGUUCCGAGCCAUGGCGACUCGCACGCGGCAGGAGUACCUGAAGGACCUGGCUGAGAACUUUGUUAGCACGGCUACUAUUGACUCUGCUGUCAAAUUCAGCUUUAUCACCCUCGGAGCCAAGAAGAAGGAGAAGGUGAAACCCAGGAAGGACGCACAUCUGCUCAGCGUGGGCGCCAUCACCUGGAGCGUCCGCGCCCGGGACUUUGGCCAGUCGAUGGACGUGGACUGCUUGCUCGGCAUAUCCAACGAGUUUAUCGUGCUCAUCGAGGAGCAUUCAAGAAACGUGGUGUUCAACUGCUCUUGUCGUGACGUCAUUGGAUGGACCUCAGGGAUUAUGAGCAUUAAGAUCUUCUACGAGCGCGGGGAGUGUAUCAUGCUGUCGGCCCACGACAACUGCGGAGAGGACAUCAGGGAGAUGGUGCAAAGACUAGAGAUCACCACCAGAGGCUGCGAGACGUCAGAGAUGACGUUGCGCCGGAACGGCCUCGGCCAGCUCGGUUUCCACGUCAACUUCGAGGGCAUCGUGGCCGACGUGGAGCCCUUCGGCUUCGCCUGGAAGGCGGGGCUGAGGCAGGGCAGCCGGCUGGUGGAGAUCUGCAAGGUGGCCGUCGCCACUCUCACCCACGAGCAAAUGAUCGACCUGCUGCGCACAUCCGUCAGCGUCAAAGUGGUUAUAAUCCAGCCUCAUGAGGACGGCGCACCCCGAAGGGGCUGCUCCGAGCUCUACCGCAUACCCAUGGUGGAGUACAAGGUCGACAGCGAGGGUACACCCUGCGAGUACAAGACACCCUUUAGGAGAAACACCACCUGGCAUCGGGUGCCCACGGCUGCUGGGCCGCCGCUCUCCCGGGGCUCGCCCACGCAGGGCCCCGAUCGCCUGCAGUGCCAGCAGAUCCUCCAGCAGCACCAGGCGGCGAUCCCACGAAGCACCUCCUUUGAUAGGAAGCUGCCAGAUGGGUCCAGGACGAUGCAGGAUAUGGAGAACCCCCAGGUCACCUCAUGUAACAAGGGAGACCAGCACUACCGCAGCUCCCCCAGUAACCAGUCCUCCUCUAGUGAUCCAGGACCCGGCGGCAGCAGCACCUGGUCCCAGCAGCCUGGAUUCGAUGGGUGCCCCUCCCCUACCCUCCAUGAGCGGGCAGGUGACAUCCAAGGGGGUGACGGAGAGAUCCACAGGGAGCGGGAGCCCACCCUGGAGAGGACCAGGUCUGCAGAGGCCAAAUGGCACAUCCCCUCUACCAAGAUCCUGAAUCCUCUCAAGCAAAGAGAAGGAGGGAAAGACUCGCCCAACAAGCUGUCCAGGUCGGGCGAUAAAACCUCAAGCCACUCGAGCAGCAACACCCUCUCAAGCAACGCCUCCAGCAACAGCGACGAUAAGCACUUUGGCUCCGGAGAUCUGAUGGACCCGGAGAUGCUGGGCCUCACUUACAUCAAAGGGGCGUCAACAGACAGCGGCAUCGACACUAAUCCCUGCGUGGCCCCCGGGGCCCGGGUGCUGCUGCAGGGCAGGGUGGGGGAGCAGGGACACGCCUGGGUGUCGGAGCACCAUGAGGACGGGGCGUCAGAGGAGGAUCAUGGGAAACUGUACAUGCCGCAGGGCUACGCUUCUGCCAUUAUGUCUAGUCAUGUGACGGAAGGAAGCAUCGGGGACCUGAGCGAGAUCUCAUCACACUCAAGUGGCUCACACCACUCUGGCAGUCCCCUGGCCCGCGGUGCCCGAUACUGUAUGUCCGCUGACUCCUCCAAGGUGUACACCAUCCCCCAGACCAGCAGCUCAGGGCCAGCAGAGCCAGAGCCGGGUCCGGAGCCCAGCUCAGAGGCCUGUGGACAGACACGGCCACUCCCAGUGGGCGUGAAGACGACUGAUGAUGAUGAUGAUGCCCACAGCACUGAGGGACCUCCCAACAUUUCAGAGUGUGGAGGAGCGGAGAGCUUGUUAGCGUUCCUUCUCUCAAUGCUGUCUGAGCGUUCAAGGCAGCUGUACGCACAGGAGGCCGCCUGCCGGCUCCAGGCUGCCGAGCGGGACGGAAAAUCACUGCAGAGGCUUUCGAAAGAAGAAUACCUUAAAAUGAUGCUGCCCGACAGCCCUCCGGGUGAAGACAGGAGUCGGAAGGUGUCGGCAGUGGGCAGUCUGUCGCCGAGACGCUCCCUAUACCGGACGCUAUCAGACGAGAGUGUGUGCAGUAACCGCAAGGGUUCGUCCUACGCCAGCUCGCACAGCUCCAUGCUGGACCAAGCCAUGCCCAACGACAUCCUAUUCAGCACCACCCCUCCUUACCACAGCACGCUGCCUCCUCGCAUGGUCCACAAUCAGGGAGCGUCCAACCUAAGGAAUGAGUUUUGGUUCUCUGACGGCUCCUUGGCGGACAGGUCCAAGUUCAGCGACCCGGGCCUCAUGCCCCUCCCAGACACUGCCUCGGGCCUGGACUGGUCUCACCUGGUUGACGCAGCACGAGCCUUUGAAGACCAGCGCGUGGCGUCUUUCUGCACCAUGACGGAUAUGCAGCGGGCGGAGGCUCUGCAGAUCUCCAGAGAGCUGACCAGACGGGUGGCGGAGGCGGAGGGAGCAGCACUGGAAGCAGACGGCCCUCCCUCCACACUAACUGGCAAAGUCAACCAGUUGGAGGUGAUCCUCAGGCAGCUGCAGCACGACCUCAGAAAGGAGAAAGAGGAUAAGGCGAUGUUGCAGGAGGAGGUGCAACACCUGAGACAGGACAACAUGCGACUGCAGGAGGAGAGCCAGACGGCGGCGGCUCAGCUCAGGAAGUUCACAGAGUGGUUCUUUCACACCAUUGACAAGAAACCCUGAGAGUGACCUGCAGAAAGAGAGAGGGAGAUGGCCUUCACUCCUCCUGGGAAACUCCUACUUAAGACUCCCACAAACUCUAAAACAAACCAUUACCGGCCCCAGAGUAAUCUUUAAAAAGCCCCUGCUUAGGAGACUGUAGUGCAGCCCUGCGUGGAGAGACCUGAAACCCUGAUCUGGACCUUAGUUUUGGGAUCCUCCUCCUGUCUGAAGUGCGGGGCUGUUUCUGACGUUAGCGGAUUCUUUAUCCUGGCAAAAGAGACUCUUGGGAAAGCUCCUCAUCUCCAGCGCUGGAGAGGAAUUGAGAAAGGCAACCCGCCCGAGUCCCCGGGAUCAUCUUACAGUAGUGGAAUGUAAAGCUCAUUUGCUGUAGUCAACAUAUAAUCUACCUACGUCUGUCACGUCAGUCCACUGUACUGUAUACUCAGCUGUACUGUAUCGUACUGCGCACACUGUCACACAGCUGUUUCUGUGCCGGCCUUCACGGACGCAGGAGAGUAGAGAGGGCGAGGCGAGGAGGGGAGGAAUGUACUGGACAUAAUGAAGUGGUACUUACUGUCUGCUUGCACCAAGAGGAAUCCACAUGUGGCGGUCUUGAAACACACAGCGGGGAGGGAAAAAUGAAUGUAGCUCAACUGAGACCCUCAUUUUCUGGAAUGGUUCCCAAAGUCCCAAAAGUUUCUAUGUUUUUGGGCCAUUUUUUUCUUUCAUUGAAUUCCACUUUUUCUUUCCCUCAGUGUUGUAAUGUAGGGUCACAUGGCAGUAAUUUUGAUGUUUUUAAAGGUGCUUUCCCUACACACAUGUUCGUCAGUAGUUUCCAUUCACUGUCACAAUGUCCUAGCAAUAAUGAAGUGGUAGUUACGAAACUGUGUUUUAAAAUAAAAAAAAGAAAAAAGAAGUUAGCACAAACGUGAAGAGUUCCUGUCGAGAAGCAGUUGUACUUGACAUGUAUUUAUAAAACAGGAAGAGACUGUGCCUAAAACUCUCGGUUGUAAAUGGAUUGUUUCUCUUUGCUUUUAAUUCUCUUUUAUAAACACAUGCCUUGUCUGUGGCUCACUGAUAUAAAUGUAUGAAUGCGUGUGCGUGUAUGUGAGAGAGUGUGUAGUUUAUCACAGCAAAAUGUGUUCUUAUGCAGUGGUUUCUAGAGCAUUAGAGCAAGCGCCAGUGAACCACACUUACAAUGCCAAAUGUGUUUAUUUCUGUACAUAUCUGCCACAGAAGUGUCUUGUAUUUAACACUAUUAUUUAAGCUUAUUUAACCUAAAGUUGUUUAUUUUAUUAAGGUUUUUUUUUUUCUGCACUAAGGAGAGAUAAAGCUCUGUGUAUGUUGUAAAGUGUGUAGCUUGCCAGGGCAAAAAAAAACCUAUAUAUUUAAAUAUAUAAAUGAUGAUUUUGGAGAUUCCAACAUUUGGAUGCUGCUAGAUUACAGUUUGCUGGUUUGUAUGCUUUUAAAAAUGUCUCUCUCCGUAAACUGUCUCAUCCCUGGUGGGACACUGGUUGCUUUUUUUUGGGUUUUGUUCUAUUUUUGGUUUUGUUUUUUUAAUAAAUGUAGUUGUAAAAAUAA